AUGUCGGAGGUUGCGGAGGCGCAGCACAGGGGUUUAGAUUUGUGUUUGCAGCGACUUACCUCUUCUCUCUACGGCCUCAUAGAUGCUGCACUUGUGAACGAGGAUGGGCAUCUUCCGACGCUUACAAUCGACAGCUUUCUAAUGGAGGUGCAUGUAAUCAGCAUUAUAACGUGCUGCCGUUGGCUGCUGUCUCUAGCAGCAGACGUAGACGCGAAUAUGCUGCUGCACUCUACAAAUAGAGAUGCAGCAGCAGCAAAAGACAAGCAUAAAAAAGAAAUAGAGACACUGAAGCAGCAGCUGCAGCAAGACAGCAGCCAAGGCCUACUCCCCGUACCCUGUAUUGCCCUGCAGCAGCAGCAAAUGCAGCAGCAGUAG